AGGCAGCCGGCGGAGCCUCCCCCCGCGGCGGGGGCCGACCUCGGGCCCGGUGCGACGGAUCGAGGUAGAGAUCUUACAACCCAAAGAAGAUGUCAAGACGUAGUAGCCGUUUGCAAGCCAAGCAGCAGCAGCUACCACUGUCAUGUCAAGAAGAGUCUCCGCAGGAGUCAGAACAUCUCCAGACCAGAAAAAGGAGAACAGCAGAGCAGGAGAUGAAGAAAAGAGAAGAUGGGAAAAUUGCUAAAAAACAUCAAUAUGAGAUUAAGAGUUGUUGGCCGCCCACGAUAACAGGAGGCAUCUCGCCUUGCAUAAUUAUUGAAACGCCUCACAAAGAGUCAGUAACCACUGACUUCUCCAGGUUCAAAAAGUACCGGUUCAGAAAUCUCUUCAUAAACCCAUCACCUCUGCCAGAACUCAACUGGGGAAAUUCCAAAGAUGUCUGGCUCAACAUUCUGAAGAAGGAGAACAGAUACGCGCAUUGCAAACAUUUCACAUCACUACAUUCCAGUUUGCAACCUCACAUGAGAUCAAUACUGUUAGACUGGCUCUUAGAGGUAUGCGAGGUGUAUGCACUCCACAGGGAAACCUUCUACCUAGCUCAAGACUUUUUUGAUAGAUUCAUGUUGACACAGAAGAACAUUAACAAAAGCAUGCUUCAGCUCAUAGGAAUUACCUCAUUAUUCAUUGCCUCCAAACUUGAGGAAAUCUACGCUCCUAAGAUACAGGAAUUUGCUUACGUCACUGAUGGUGCUUGCAGUGAAGAUGAUAUUGUCAGAAUGGAACUUAUUAUGUUAAAGGCUUUAAAAUGGGAACUCUGUCCAGUGACAAUCAUCUCUUGGCUGAACCUCUAUCUUCAAGUGGAUGCUCUGAAGGAUGUUCCGAAAGUACUGCUACCUCAGUAUUCUCAGGAAAAAUUCAUUCAGAUAGCACAGCUCUUAGACUUGUGUAUUCUGGAUGUGAAUUCUUUGGACUUCCAGUACAGAACACUUGCUGCUGCAGCACUCUGCCACUAUACCUCAAUUGAAGUUGUUAAGAAAGCUUCAGGCUUAGAUUGGGACAGCAUUUCAGAGUGUGUUGAAUGGAUGGUUCCCUUUGUGGCUGUGGCAAAAAAAGCCCCUGUGAAGCUGAAGAACUUCAAGAAAGUUGCAGUAGAGGAUCGGCAUAACAUCCAAACACACACAAAUUACUUGGACAUGCUGGAAGAAGUAAACAGUGAAGUAGCAUCUACUGCCCCAGGUCAGUUAUCACCUGUGUCAACAGGAGGAAUCAUCACCCCUCCCAAAAGUACAGAGAAGAAAUGAAAUGUGGAGAACAGCCAUCAAACACAGAAUAGGAUUUGGUGCUUCAGAACAAGACCACACUAACGGUGACUCACACUCUUACUGCUGUUUGAGACCUGAGCACUAAGAGAUGCAGCAGAUACAAAUUGAGACCAGUGUCCUGCUACAAACUUGAGUUAGGCAGGGCAGCAGCCCCUGUGCCACCACAGGAGCCAGGACUGCUCUGCUCCCUUCUAACACACAACUUAGUUCAACUCUGACCAUUCCUAAUUUAUGACUUUUAACAAUUUUUUUUUU